GUUACAACGGUUACAACAGUUACAAAUUACAACCUUAUUACGAUCGAGAUUGUGGUCGAAAGAUCCUGAGAUAUAUCAGUGAAGAAUUUACAUAUAUUUGGUGCACAUAAGGCAGAAUAAGAAAUUAAAUCCAUUUUCUAAUAGUAGACAGUAACAUUUCAUCGAUCAUCAUGGACUUGUUUAAGAUUCACUGUCUUUUAUUGGAUGCAGCACUGCCAUCAACUAUUGAAGACCUCAAAGAUCCAACAGAAGAUUAUAUUCUAAAUUUGUUGACAGAGUUCUUGUCAAAAUUUUCAAUUGAUAUGAACUUAAUUGAUCAGCCAAUUCCAGAGCAACUUGAUGUUAUGACAUAUUAUGAGGAUUCUGAUUUCAUAAAUCUGAUAAAUUUGUAUACAGUUCUGACACAAGUACUUGAUAAAAUAUUUCUACAUAAUUUUUGUCUUACUGACAUCACCAGUCCUGGACAAAAACGGCUUAAAAAACAAGCAAAAUAUCUUUCCAAUUUUGUGUUAUAUACAAUGCUUAAAAAAUCAGAAUUUAAUGAUAAGAUGGAAGAAAUUCAAGCUUCAUCUAAGCUAGUAAAAGAAUUAAGAGAAAGAAAAGAUCAAGUUUUGGAGUCUAUUUCUUAUAAGGCUUUGCAGAAAGGAAAAAAGUUAUCUUUGAUAGAGAAGCUCAAGAGUGACAUACAAUAUAUGAAGUCAGAGAAACUUAGUAAGAAGAACUUAGAACUUGAAAUAAUUCAAAAUGAUGUUGAAAAGAAAAAUCAGAAAGUUAAAGAACAUUAUAACUCUCUUAAGACAGAAACAGAGCAGUUGAACAAGAUGAUACUUGAAUUACAAUCAGAGAUUGUACAUUCACCAGAAGAGUAUCAUUCUAAUUUAAAUAAACUCGAGACACAAAAAAAUCUAAAGGAAGAAGAACGCAAUGCAAUGCAGGAAGCUAUUCAGGAAAAAAAACAGUCCAUAGAAAAAGUAGAAGAGAUAUUAAAUUUCACACAAAAAAUGAAAAAGGAAUUGCUUUUAUUGCAAGAUGUAUAUAAAGAGCUAAAAAACAAGAAAACUAAAUCAAAUGAUAUUGAAAAGGAAAUUGAUUCAUCGAACAAUAUGCUAUCCAUAUUGCAAACUAAAUUAGCAGAGCAUAAAGAUCAAGUGGACACUGAAACAAAUAAACUGCAGUCGCAUCAAGAGAAAGAUUUGGUUCCAUUGCUCAAUUUGCACAAACAACUAUUGAGUGAGAAAAAGGCACAGAAAAUCAAAUUAAAUGCUGCCAAAAUUUGCUAUAAUGAAAAAUGCCUGGAGAAGAAUGAAUUACAUGCAGACAUUUCGAAAAUAGAGAAGGAAACUACAGCUCUUCUUUCUUCAUGCCAAGAGAUUUUUGAUAAGGAAGUUAAUGAAGAAGAAAAACUACGGCAAGCUGCCAAUAGACAUUAAUUAUAUCUCGAAAUAUCU